AUGGCGAGCAGUCCCUCAACAGAGUUUGCCUACCUAGUGCUAGAUUUGGAAACAACAGGAUUAGAAAGAACAAGCGAAAUCCUGCAGCUGUGCUGUAUGUCCAUUGACAACACAGAUGAUCUCCUUUCUAUGUAUAUGCUUCCUACCGCUGAAAUCAAACCAUCAGCAUCGAAGGUAACAGGAUGUCCCGUGUUGAUCGCACACAAUGGUUACAGCUUUGACUUCCCAAUACUUUACAAUUCCCUCAAGGCACAAGGUCUUCUCUCUCAGUUCCUGCAAAUUAAUGUUAAGCUGCUAGACUCGCUGACCUUACUGAAACGACAUGCCAGCCAGAAAAACUCGCUAAUCCAUCAAUGUAAGUCAAAGUCGAUUUCUGCACUACAUCAGAGGAGUUCGGCGCCCAUGAUGCUACAGAAGAUGUGA